AUGAUCUCAGAAGAGGACCUGGACAGCAAUGCACCAAAGUUGAAUGGUCGUAAAGAGGGGUCAGUUUGAAGCGAAAAUCCAGAAAAAAGUUGAGAAAUUUUUAGGACUUUUGUUUUCAUCACCAUCAAAGAUCGCUGGCCGAAGAUCGUAGCCAGGUUGGCCAACGACUUUUGUGUCAAGAGAGCGGAGCUUUUGGAGUCCUAUGGGGAGGUUUUCGAUUUUUGUUUGUUUUUCGUAAUUGAAUUCGAAAUUUGAAGAGCGCCGACGAAGAUAUCAAGGCCGUGAACCAUGGAUUUGCUGAGUUGAGGUAUCGGAUGACGACCGAUAAGCCGCUGGAAAAUAUCGUGGACAACUACGGAAACGCCGGCGUCUGGAACACGUUGCUGAUCAACCUGCGGGACAAGGUUCUUUUUCGGAGUUUAGCAAAAUGCUUGGAUCUUUUAAACGCUAAGUCUAUGCUCUUUUAAAAACUAAUUUCAGCUUUUGUGAAACGAUUUCGAAGCCUCAAUCAUUCAAAAAAAAACGUAUAUUAUUUUCGUUUUCUCGGAAAGAUCAAAGACUCGUGUUAUUUGUUAAAAAUCUAAUUUCUGUGUUAUAUUUCUCGUUCAAUGUUUUGAGAGCUUCAUCCUCAUUUUAAUUUUCUUUUAAAUCUAGUAUUUUUGAAACCAACUUUUUUUUUUAAGGGAGGGUACAAUGUAGCCAUAGUGAAAUGAUUUUGAAAUGCGUGACAGAAAAUCGAAAAACAUUUCUUUUUUUUAAACUUUCUAACAACUGAAUAUGAUGGCCAAAGUUUAAAAAAACAGUUUUUACUGAUUUUUUUCCAGAAAGAGUAACUUUUUGGGUCCUCUGUAAAUGGUUUUUUUUAUUGUGAGUACUUCCUAAAGAUGCAUGAUUCUUGAAGUAGAUGUGAAAAACGUGUGAGAAAAAAUAUUCGGAAUAUUCUUGCAGGUCGGCGAAGACCAGGUGACGUGGUACCGCGCGGAUUGGCUAUUUGUGGAGUGCUACCUCUAUCGGAAAAUCUUCAGCAUUGUCUUCAACUCUCGACUUCUUCGCGACUACGAUUACUUCGCCGAGCAGAAACAGUCGAGCUUCAAGGAACAGUUAGUGGAUAAUAGUUCAUUGAAAACAGCUUUUACGUUAUUUAAAGGUUCAAGGUGAGAGAAAAAGUUUUUGAUAGGAUCUUGACGACAAUAAUGUGAUUUUCUUGAAGGAUUUAUGAAAAUUUACAAAAUAUUCAGAUACUGAGAACAUGUUCAGAGGCCGCUAUAGUAGUCAAAUUAGUGGCCCCUUAAAAGGGUUAGAAAUUAGUGACCACUAUAGAGGUCUUAAUGCUCUUACUAAACCACAAAACAAUUUUAGUGGCCCGUGUAGGGGUCAAUGGAUCAUAGCAGGUUCUGGAGGAAAAAUUACUAUAGUGGCAUCUAUAGAGAUGGCUUUAGUGGCCAUUUGAUUGUCCUCUACAAAUAGUCAUUCUCCUUAUUGACCACUAAAAUUUUUCCCACUUCAAAAAGCUUCAAACAAGCUAAAAUUUUGAAUUCAUCCAACUGUUUUUUGUAAACUUUAGGCUUCAAAAAGAAAGAAAAAUAAAUGAUUCAAUUCACAUAUCAAAAAAAAAGAUAUUUUCUCAGUGUUCCUCAAAUCGAAGAAUCGGCCUCUUUCCUCAUGUCCAUCGUUGGCGAAGGUGCUCCAGCUCACGAGACUUUUGGACUGGUCACCAUGCUCAAGGUAAUGCUCUGGGAAAAUUGAGGAAGACUCGUUUUUCGAAUAUUUCUUAUCUUGAAUAAUUGCCUCUAAUUUCAAGAUGUGCCUUUGGGGAAAUCGCGCGGAUUUGUCGCUCUCCGGCGGCGAUCGUGCUGUUUUGGUAAUAAAAUGAAUGAUUUCCGUGAAAAAGGGACGAUUUUCAGGCCCAAUCCUCGAUGAUCGCCUCAACCAAACGGGAAAACUUCAUCCUCGUGGAUGAUUUGAACACGGCUCUGCUCAAUUACAUUUAUCCGCUGCACAAAAAGUGAGGGAAACGGGAGGAAAAAUGGGGCGAACGGUAGUUUCCGAAAAAAUAAAGAAAGACGGAGAUUUCCUCGAUGUUUCAAAAGUUGGGAUAAUGCAUUUGUUUAUGCGGCCAAAAAUAUAUAUGAAUUUUCGAUAAAUAAGCUUCAGAAAUAAUUGAAAAAAAGUAGAGAAGAAAAGUGAAUUUUUGUGAACGCUAACUCGGAGAAAAUGGAUCGAAAAGAGAAGAUUCUAUUCAUAUUUAUUUGAAAACAAAAAAAUGGAGGAAUUUUUUUGAAAAAAAUGAGCUUUUCAAAUAAGUUGGGGAAAUCGCUAAAUCCAAUAUUUUUUUCUCGAAAUGGACUUUUUUUGGGCAUUUCUCGUUCUUUUUCAAACUUGAAAUUUUUUUGAAAUUUUCUCUUUUUUCAGAGUUUUUUUUCAGAAAUUUCCGGGAGUCUUUUACUCUAAAACUAGCUUAUUCCUCUUUUUCCGAAGAAAAUGUCCUUUUUGGGAGUUCACUCUCAAUUUCUUUCUGUUUUUUUUUGAGCUGUAGGGUUUCGCCUUUUUUAAAAAUAAUUAUGAUUUUGAAAGUAUCAUAUGACUCAAAAAAAUGAAAUACUUUUUCUACUUUUUCACAGUUUCAGCUCAAAGUCUUGCAGAGAAAAAGGAACCCGACGGAUCGACAUCGUCCUGGACAACGCUGGCGUUGAACUGAUGGGCGAUUUGAUUCUGGCUGAAUACUUUCUGUCGAUGGGCUUUGCUGACAAGGUCGUCCUCCAUGGAAAGGUUGAAAAAGAGGGUUUCCCGAACAAUUUGAAAUGGAAGUUGUAGGAGUUCCCAUAUUUCGUCUCGGACACGACCAAAGGCGACUUCGACUGGACCCUCGAGCAACUGAAAGAGGCCGGCGAAAACUGUGCCAAACUCCAGGAAAGACUCGCCCAGAGACUCGAGAAAGUCGGUUUUUUAAUUGUUAUAGGAUAUUCUUUCAUUUUAAAAAAAGCGACCAGCAAAUAUUGACGUUAAACUUCAGCAACAUGUUGAAAUUCGGGUUUUGCUAUUCAAAGAUUGUCCUCUUUUUAAUCACUAAAAGACGACCAGAAAGAAAAUAAUGAUUGGCUUUAAAAUUUUAAAACAAAAUCGAUUUUUCGAUACGCAAACUAGUAUAUAUAUCUCAUAGUGUUGACUAGUUUUAUAAUCUUAAAAAACCGACAAAAUAAAAAAAUACUCCUGAUUUCGGAUUUUUUUCUUUAAUUUUUUUACUGCAUAAACCUUGAAAAAAAGGUAAAUUUAUAAUUUUUUUGAUCCGUGAAAUUUAUAGUCUCUAUUCCAUCUUGGUAAUUUCAAAGGAGUUUUUUUGACCUUCUAUCAAAUUUAUAGCCUACUUGGAUUUUUUUCUGAUUUACAUAACUUUGAGAUUUUCGAGAGGAAAAAAAUUUUUUCUUAUAAAAAGCCAUUCCAAAUGCGACCUUUCAUGAAUGUUUACAGUCUUUUUUUCACCUAGCUGAAUAAUUCUGAUUUCCUUCAUAACUCUGAGAUUUUCAGGGCGAACUCGUUUGGAACGCUCAUCCGUUCUGGACAUUCCCUCACGCCUACUUCGAAAUGCCGACCGAGUGUCCCGAACUCUACGAAGAACUGAAGAAGGCCUCGUUCGCCUUCUUCAAGGGCGACCUCAACUACCGGAAACUCGUCGGCGACCGCGAUUGGGACUUCGAAACGCCUUUCGUGGUUGGUUUUGAUAGUCUUUCAUGUGAUCUUGAGAGGUCACUAGAGGGGCAGCCUGGAGGAUCUUGUAGGGUCCCCUUAAGGGACAACCUUAAUUCCACUAUAGGGUGCAUUGAAGCUUGCAAAAAUGGCCAUUCUAGUGGAACAAUCUAAAGGUCCAGAAAUAAUAUCACUAUAGGGAUCACUUCAGCUUUAAGGGACUAGGGGCCAGACUCUAAGCUUCUAUGGGAACCACUUGAAUUUUUAGCCAUCUAGGGAGCACUAUUUCGACAAUUGUAGGAGAUUUUUCCCUCAACCCCUAUAGUGUCCACUCCAUUAAAUAAGUUUUUUGCAUUUCUCAAACUUGGGGAAUCAUUUAGGAAUAAGAAAAUUGACAGGAUUUUUCAUUUUUUCAAGUCCAUGCAACUCAAAAUGUCAUUUAACCGCUUUUUGAAAUUGUGUACUUCUAAUGGCCUUACGCGCUGCGGUUGCGUCGCGUUUUGCUGCUCGAAUGUGAAAUUUUAAAAUUACUAUGAUAUUCUUGUUCAUUGAAGACUGGCUUGAAAAAAAAAGUGAAUAAUUUAGGUUUGAUUCGCAGAAAAAAAGCAGGUUUCCACGUUGGUUCUAUCCUAAACUACUGGAGAAUUAAGGGAAAAGUAGAAUAAAAUAAUUUUUUUUAAAACUGCUAGCCAAAAUUUUUUGUUUGAAGGGAGAAAUACGGGUUUCCGGUUUCUUUCAAUUUAUUUAAAUUCAGUGUUUCAUUGAAACAAUAAUAGGUCAUCAGAGGUUGAUCUCCUCGCAAAUCAGCAGUUGGGCUUGUUUCAAUUGAAUCGGAUGUGUUCAGACGACCCUUCGCGGUUUCGCGCCGUGUCCUUUCCUGGCUCUGCGGACCCUGAAGGCGGAGACUCUUGCGGGCCUGAGUCGGGAGACUGCGAUCCGAGUCCUCGACUUCGAGGACAACCAGUGGCUCGUGUCCGGAGAGUACGCCGUCUGCCAGCUCGGAGGCAUCUAA